AGCAGAUGGCCCGUAUAAUAAGGCGACUAGAGCUUCGGCUCGAUCCAAAAAUUUUCCGCUUCAAGGAAACUCCCUCAUGAACAUCAGUUCCAGCUCCGAUAAUUGUUUUACUGGUGGCCGUGGCCGUCGUGGACGUGACACUUUCACAUGGGAGCAUCCGGCAACCUGCAGAGUUCUGGCACUAGAUCCCGUCUCAAUCCACUCGAUAUCUCAAAUCAUUUCAGAAGCGGUGAAUAUUCAAACGGAACCAGGACUCAGGGGAAUGAAUUGGCACAGCCUAGACGCAGUGUGAACACCCCCCAGGAUUCGUCAAUGGACUGCUUGGCCCGGGGCUCAUCUUUGAGUGCAACACAUAAUGGCGUUGAAAUGCUCAUUGAACCCGAGUUGGGGUCCACAAUUCGCCGCUCGGAUGGCACAGAAAUCGAUAGCGGGGAGGGAAAUCCACUCCAGCAUCCAAUACCUGCUCGGUUCGCGGCUGUCCUCACAGCGCAAUUCCCUCAGAUCCGUCGAAUUAUCAUCAAAACGAGCAACGACGACUCUUGCGAGCCUCUUGAUAAACUUUUUGGGAAGAUGCGUAUAGGAUCAGGCGCGCACGACCGAGACCUCUGCGGAGUUCCCGAUGAUAUGGCCGGGGUGCCGGGCGCUUGUCAGGGCUGCGAUACUUCACACUUACCCACGAGAUUUGCUGGCCCCUGAUUGGCCAAGCUUUUUUGGCACGAGCACAGCUUUGGAUGAAUGUUUGCGGGCGUUCGGACACUCUCACUUUGCCACCGAUGCACUGAAGCUUGCCAGGCAUUUCUCAUACUCCCUAGGACUUCAUUUGUGAUCCGAAUUGUCUAGAAUACCACGAACUGUCCUUGGUGCCUGUAUUCGUCUGUUGCU